AUGUCUCAAGUAAAAUCAAACAAAAAGUUUAAGUGGGCUUUAGAUUUUAAUCAAAAAAACAGACUGCAAGCAACUGAGUUGCCGUCACCCCCUGGUUAUAGUCAAUCUGCUAAUGCUAACUAUACAGAAUCAUCAAAAGAUACUGAUUCAAAUUUACUCUUGAUUAAAAAACUCUGGGAUGUUGCUCUUGGACCUCUUAAACAAGUGCCAAUGAACUUAUUUAUCAUGUAUAUGGCAGGAAACUCUAUUUCUAUAUUCCCUAUCAUGAUGGUAGGCAUGUUAAUUGUGAGACCAGUCAAGGCCUUGUUUUCUACACAAAGCACAUUCAAGAUGGUUGAAGGUACUCAGACCAUUGGACAGAAGUUUAUGUACAUAAUUGGGAAUUUAGUAAAUAUAUUUUUAGCCCUUUAUAAAUGCCAGAGUAUGGGAUUGUUGCCUACACAUUCAAGUGAUUGGUUAGCAUUUGAGGAACCCAUAACAAGUGUUGAAUAUAUUGGGGGAGGAAUAUCUAUGCUA